CAAGGCUGAAGUGCUCUACUGAGACAGUCGCACCACAGCCGCAGAGGCUCUAACGCUAAAGUAAUCCCGGAAUUUCAUUCCAAUUUACAAGAAAUGGAGCUAAGAUUGCAGGCUCUUUCUCCACAUUUUGUCUUCUUUAAUACAGCUAGGGCAUCCAAGUGCAGCGAUUCUUACUCAUUCCAUAGAAGCAUUGGUUCCCCUAAUGCCAAGAAGUCAAAAGCUCAAGUGGGAAAAAAACUGAAAAUCUCUUCUGCAUUACCAGAAACAGCAGCCUCUAUUGCAGUUGCUGCCACAGUAGUUGGGGCGGCUGCUACUCUGCUCGUAAGAAGGACCAAAGCUUCUGCAGAAAUUGAGGCCCCAACGAAGAUUUGUGAAGAUUGCGGUGGCUCUGGCAUUUGUCCAGAGUGCAAUGGUGAAGGGUUUGUACCGAAAAAGCUGUCUGAUGAAAGUGCUGAAAGGGCAAGAAUGAUGUCAAAGAACGCUGCAACCAGAUAUACUGCAGGGCUUCCCAAAAAGUGGAGCUACUGCACCAAGUGCAAUGCGUCCCGUUCUUGUAGUUUAUGCUCGGGCAUUGGGAAGAUUAGUUUGUAAUUACAUGCCUUUAUCUUCAACAACACAAGAACGAUGCAAUUGGAAUCUAUGGGCAGUACGCAUGAAUAAGCGCUUCACUGUAUACGUCGGAUAGGCGCCAUCGUUUAUCCUUAAAAUUAUAAUUUAAGUCUCUGGGACUGGGAGGCGUUGUUUGACUCUAUGGGAGCUAUUAGUGCAGGGCAUCAAUGGCGGCUUUGAUUGAGUUGUAAGCUACGCGGUCAACUUAUCAGGCGUGCAUCAUAUGAUGCAUGUGCCUUUGCUUGCCUUCUUGCUUUUCAUAUCUUAUCUCUUCACUGUUCAACUUGUUUGUACUUUCAUCUAAUCCAUAUUUUAAGAUUUCCUUCCGUUUUGAAAA